CACUAACCCAACAGGAACAGUCACAAUGGGUAAGCACCGUCCGAUCUCCUACUCGACCGCGCACGCGCACCGAGUUUUGAAUGGGUGAAAGAGGAGGGAAAUAUGCAAAGACCUGAGCAGAAUUGCAAUGCGCCAUGCGCACCGGGCCAAAUGCUUCCUCUCAUCAGCAUCUGCAGUGACACAGGCGCUCAAUGCGCUCUCACGCUAUGUCAGAUUAGUGGAAGCCAGUGGACAGCACGAGCUACGAUGGUCGAGACGCAUUGGACACACCUACAUUUUUCUGCUGUCAGACAGCGCUGAUAUUGUUACCCAACAGUUCAGUCUGCAAGCGCCGGCUACAAGGGCCUGGAGGAGUACCAGGUCAUUGGCCGCCAUCUCCCCAGCGAUGCCAACCCAACGCCAAAGCUCUACCGCAUGCGUAUCUUUGCGCCAAACGAGGUCGUCGCCAAGUCCCGUUUCUGGUACUUCCUUGCAAAGCUUCGCAAGAUCAAGAAGGCGAACGGUGAGAUCGUCAGCUUGAACAAGAUCCACGAGAAGCACCCUCUGAAGGUCAAGAACUUCGGUAUCUGGAUCCGCUACGACUCGCGUUCCGGCACACACAACAUGUACAAGGAGUACCGUGAGAUGUCUCGUGUCGACGCUGUCAAGUCGCUCUACCAGGACAUGGCUUCCCGCCACCGUGCCCGCUUCAGGACCAUCCACAUCCUCAAGGUCGUUGAGGUUGAGAAGACCGACGACAUCCGCCGCCCAUACAUUAAGCAGCUCACCACCAAGAACCUCAAGUUCCCACUUCCUCACCGCGCACCACCGAAGCGUGGCAAGAAGGUCUUCGCUGCCACUCGCCCAAACACUUUCUACUAGGCGUUUCGCGGAUAUUGUGCAUUUGCUGGGACAGACUGCGACUGCCUGGUUGGGCGGUCUUGUGGCGUUGCUACGCAGGAGUAGCUAGCGUAUGAUCAAAAAUAUGAGGCUUACCGCCCAAUGCACGAACAUUGAUGACUUCCAACUUUGUCCACUGCCA